CACCCCCAGUGGGACCCCAAGAACACUCAGAGGCAAGAGCAGCAAGGACGAGGCAGAUCUCCAAGCCACUGAUGGAGAAGAAGCGACGGGCGCGCAUCAACGUGUCGCUGGAGCAGCUCCGGUCGUUGCUGGAGAAGCACUAUUCGCACCAGAUCCGGAAACGCAAGUUGGAGAAGGCCGACAUCCUGGAGCUGAGCGUCAAGUACAUGAAAAGCCUCCAGAGCUCGGUGCAAGGGCUCUGGCCCGUCCGCAGCGGCGCCGAGUACGCGUCGGGCUUCCGGGGCUGUCUGCCGGGCGUUAGCCAGCUUCGGCGGCGCGGAGAGGGCGGCGGCGGCGGUGGGCUGCGCUGCCCGCUGGUGCCCGAGCGCACGGUGGACAGCACCAUGGACAGCGCCAGUCCCCGCCCGGAGGCGCCCACGCGCUGCGGCCCCUGCGCCCCCGCCAUUUGGGCCCCUAAUCCGGGCGCCAGCGGCUCGCGGUGCCCGCCAUCCAGGCUCCUCCUCCCUGGCGGUCUCCCCGGCCCGUCCACCCACGUCCCGGCACCGCAGCCGGCGUCUCGUCACGGCGCCGAGAGCCCGGGGUCGGGGAUGCGCCUGUGGCGGCCCUGGUAAGGCCCCAGGCGUGGCCUCGGACUCAAGGGGUCCCCCGUCUGGUCUGCCGGCGCAGAGACAGUUUGCAGCGCGCCCGUGUGACGACCGGGACCUCAAACGUCCGGGGAGGGUGGCCGGGAGGGUGGCCAGGAGGGUGCCGCGUGCCCGAGAACGCAAUGAAACACGCGUGGCCUCGGUGGGCCGGGGCCUGAGCCUCUAGGCAGA